AAGGCAGAGAGAGAGAGCCCAGCCCUUGAAUGCACGGCAACAACAAGCCGUCAGAGAGAGGGAGAGACACACCGAGAGACAGGCUGUUUUUUGGGGGGAUCAAAGGGAGCCUUCGACGCUGCGGAUAUGAACUGAAAAGAGCGCAGAAGAAGAGGGAGCGUGUAUCUAUAUAUCCCACAUUUACUGUAAAGGUGGAAACUAAUCCCCCCCAAAAACCCCUGCUCUCUCCCUAUACCAGCUCUUAUUCAGAUAGAGCUACACCCAAAAGCCCCGACCGACCCCCUCCUGCUCCUGCUGCUCCACCCCUCCGCCGCUGCACCGCUCCGGCAACCGAGAUGCACACGGAGACCCGUAACAAGAAAUGCCAGUCAACUCCUAAGCAGAAGAAGAGUGCCGCCGGCGGCCAGAGGAAGCAGAGGAGCGCGGCCAAGCAGAGCAACCUGAAGCAACAGCCGCCGCCGCCAUCAGCAUCCCCGCCGCCGCCGGAAGAGGAGGAGAAGCAGGAGGAAGAGGAGGACAGGCAGGAGGAAGAGGAGGAGCCGGCCACCAGGCCUCGGCCUCCAAAGGAGGAAGAGGAAGUGUGUGAGGAAGUGUGCGAGGAAGUGGCGACACCCUCUGUGGAGGCGAAGGAGGAAGAGGAGGAGGUAGCAGUCAUGCCCUCGGUACAGAUCAAACCAGAGCCGGAGGAGAUGGAGUGCACGGCGGGCGAAGGUGAAGACUGCACGCAGACGAUAGACCUGAAGGUGAAGACGGAGCCGGUGUAUAAGUUGGAGCCCUCUUCGCCCGAACCGUCCCCCGCCGAGGACCAGACCGAACCCGUGGACCUGUCGCUCAACAAGCCCCGCUCCUCCUCGCUCCCCUCCUCCACGACGGGCACCACGAUGAAUCCUGCGCCCAGCAGCCUGGUGACCCAACCCGGGCUGUCGGCUACACCCGUCCCCUCUGCGAUACAGUCCAUCGGCUCCAUGGUCCUCUCUCCAGGCUCCAUUUUGGCCACUCAGGGCGCCGGGGGUCAGCAGAUCCUCCACGUCAUCCACACGAUCCCCUCCGUGAGCAUGCCCAGCAAGGUGGGCCAGCUGCAGACCAUCCCGGUGGUGGUGCAGUCGCUUCCCGUCGUCUACACCACCAUGACGACUGACAGCGUCGGCACGGCAGCCAUCACCGUGCCGCUCAUAGGCAGCGACGGCCGCUCAGAAGGAUCUGUUCGUAUUAAGCCAGGUUCCACGUCUCCGGUGGAGUUUCAGAGUGACAGCGAUGCAGAGAGCGGCACAGAGUCGGGGUCGGCCUCCCUCAGCGCCCAGAGCCUCGACGCAGGGUCGGUGAUGGACUUAGAGCCCGUGGAUCCAGACUCUCCGGACAUCAAGAGGAGGCGGAUCCACAUGUGUGAUUAUGAAGGCUGCAAAAAAGUUUACACCAAGAGCUCCCACCUCAAAGCCCACCGGAGGAUACACACAGGAGAGAAACCCUACCACUGCACCUGGGAGGGCUGCACCUGGCGCUUCGCCCGCUCCGACGAGCUCACCCGACAUUUCCGCAAGCACACGGGAAUCAAACCUUUCCGCUGCACCGAGUGCGACCGCUCCUUCUCCCGGUCCGACCACCUGUCCCUGCACCGCCGCCGCCACGUCAUGAUGUGAACUCUGACCCCCCCACCCCCCACCCCCCACCCCCCACAAAGUCCCUCACAGCACAUCUUGUACCAGUGCCCCCCCCCCUCCUCCCACCUACUGAUAAAAAAACUUCACCUCUGCUGGAGCCUUUGUCAGGAUUUUAAGCAGAUGGAAAGAGACACAGUACCUCCUCCUCCUCCUCAUCCUACUUCCCCUCUUCAUCAUCAUGACAUCACAGGAAUAUCAGGAGUGUGUGUGUGUGUGUGCAUUGUGUGUGUGUGUGUGUGCAUUGAAGGUUCUCUAAUAUGUGUGUUUCAACACAUCAUCAUCAUCAUCAUCAUCUUCACCGUCCACCCAACACUCCGAGCGUCCUCCAUCUCCUCUGAAGGUCAUCCAUCCAAAGGGGAGGAGGAAGAGGAGGAGUAAAGUGUGAUUUGUUUAUGAACUGAAACCAGAAGGAGGUCACUUCAGCUGCCUGAUCAAUAUUCAUUCUGUACAGAUCCAAAAUUGGGAAGUUGUGAGAGACGAAAUUCCAUAUUCUUUAAAUUUUUGGGAGCAAAAGUGAGAAAGAAAAUGCCUCAAAUACCGUCCUUCUAACCUCAAGAACUUUACAUUUAUUUUCAACGAUUUAGACUUGAGGAACAAUGGCAGAAAUAUCGAUCUUAAUCCGGAGCUUUUUGAUCAAAGAAUUGGACUACAAAUACUUCAUAUAUCACUUUUCACCAGACACAGUAUUAGAAUCCAAUUCCUAACCCUCGCUCUGGGAUAAAUGCUCUCUUAAAGUGCGCAGGAACUAUCUGUGUGCAGUAAUAAAUGACCUCAAACUAAAACAUCAUUAUUUGCAGUAAAAAAAAUGUGCAAAAGACACGUUUAAUUAAUCCAAAACUAAACUGUAAAUUGAAGGCUUCCCAUACACAUUGGACUGUGUGUGUGUGUGUGUGUGUGUGUGUGUGUGAUGAGCAGCUGAAGUGACGUCCCUUUUAAACAUCUACAAGUACUAUACCCCCCUCCCCCUUCUCCCCUCCCCUGGUACAGGGAGCUAGAAGACUGUGAACUUUUUAAAGAUUAAUUUGUUUUUAUUGUAUCAAUCAAGUUAUUGUUAUUGCGUGUUCUCCCCCCCCCCCCCAAAAGGUUCUUCUAACAGUAUUUGCUUUCUAUGCCUCGUCGUUGUUGCUGUGGUCUUAUGAAAUAAGGCCGUCGAUCUUCUUUCUGUUCUCCUUCUUCGCCGGGUUCGGCACUCUUAACAGAACGGCAUCCUUUUUAAAAACUGUGUUGUGAGGAAGACGGAGUAGACACACAAGUAGUUUGAGAUUACAAAGUAAAACUCUCGCGCAGGGAAUAGGGGAGCUUUUGUGAGUGUGAGUGUGUGUGUGUGUGUGUGUGUGUGUGUGUGUGUGUGUGUGUGUGUGUGUGAGCAUGUUUUUGAGACAAAACACAGAAUCAGAAUUUAAGAUUUUUACGAGUGUGUGUUCCGGGCACUUCUUUUACCUCCUGCCCGUCGAGCCUUAAUAACUGAAGUCAAUCUGUAGAGGGCGAACCCAGAACCACUGACCGGACGGCGGGCCGGUCCACCUCCUCACUCACAUCCCGUCCGUCCACCAGGACCGACGUUUGCACUGCUGGCUCGUGUGGAAAAGACGUCCUGUUACUUGUUUUUAACCGUUUGGACUCUUGGUGCAGGCUAACUGUCACAGAAAAGGCAAGUAAAUAUACUUGCACAAAAGAAAGAGGGUGCUCGAGAAAAAUAACCGCAUGAGUCUUGAUAGCGUUGGGAACAGUCGCCCCAUGAAACCCCGCUCAAACUCUCACCAUGUCCGCCCCGUUUGCACUGGUUUCAUGAACUCACAGGGAAACCUGGAGUUAGCGUGGCCGCCGUCUGUCAGUGGUUCUGAGAGAAACCAGGCACUGUGUCGGGCUGCAGGGUCCGUAGUGCCGGAGAUUUAAACCUCUCCUCACUAGCAUUUCUAACAGGGUGGGGGUUGAUUCUCUUUCAAAGCAGUUUUCCAGCCUCAAAAAACUAAAAAGUCCAACAGAGAAUCCUCUUUAUUGUCUUAAACCUUCUCGACAUAACUCCCGUUAUAUCCCACCUGUGCUGAUUUUAAAAUCGGAUCAGCACGUUUGACAUAGUUGGAACAGAAUCGAACCUCUAACCCUGGGGGCCCAUGUCUUAAAGGGGGCUGCUCUUCGGCUCUGGGCUGAACUUGAUUAUGCAACAGGACCUCGCUCCAAGCACUAGCUGCUCGUCGUACUGCGGCUCACAAGAUCCUCUAAAGGGAGGUCCGGAGGAGGAGAAGCAUGUGCCGUUGAUCACUGAGCCUCCUCAGAAAUCACUCCAACUUGGGAAGUGAUGUCUUAAUCAGGAGGAGACGGUGAUCAAUGGAGCACGCUUUUCCAAAAUCCUGAUCCUUUACAAAACUAAAAGGAAAACCACAUGUUGUCAUUUCAAAAGCUAGUAAGUGAGAGCAUAACGUCACACACCUGACCUUCUACAGUAUGAGAUGGAGCAUGCAAUGAACAGGAACAGUGUUAUAUGUUCUGCACACUGCAAAGAAAACACCUCUAUUUGGAGGGAUUUGUUGCAGUGUGCAGAGCGAUGCAACCUCCUCUGAUCAUCCCCUCUGCUUCAACUAAAAAAAAGUAACUAAGCACAUGUUUCUAGAAGAGUAUAUGCAUUUGAUUGCAACUUUCUUUCUUUUGUAAACUGUUGAUAAAGACAUUAAGGACAAUGACAAAUAAUUAAGAUAAAUCCAAUGUACAUAAAUGUAUAUAAUCAAAAAGUGCAGAGUAAAUGUAACGGGUGAAUUUCUAUUUUUAACACUGACUAGAUAAUGUGAAAAAUCUUUCUUUCUUCUCCUCUGUUGGUUCGAUGAAGUGUGUUUCAUCACGUGUUGUUUCUUUUCAGAGACAUUCGUUUCGUAGUUUCUUAAAAAAAAGACUUGUCCCCACUUGUGUUGUGCACACUUGUUGCAUGGAGAGUAGCCUUCUUGUUUUUCUUAUAGUGACGUUGGUGAGCAUGUCGGUGUGUGAGACCUGAGGAAAAAGAGUAUCAAUUAGGGAUCCGUUUACUAUACUAACAGAGCUUGAUAUCUUCUGGGUUGGACCUCAUUUUAAAAUAUAAAACUGAGAUAUAUUAAGAUUGGGUCAGAAAACUCAAGCUUUUCAGGUCAUACAGGGCUAAAAAAUCUAAAUGUUUUUGUGGGUUUUUUUGCAUUUGAUUGUCGGGUUUACACGCUCCACACGCUUGACUAUGGGAAAGUAACAAAACAUAUAAAGACAUAUCCAACGGGUUUGUUCCAUUUCAAGGAGCAGAACACACCAUCAUCUCCUGCAGAAAUCCAGUAUCCACGAUUAAAAUAUCUCCAAUAUUUUCCUCCCAUGUGGUUUCCAGACAUUGAAGGAUUAACGUUUGAAUUUUCCAAAUAUUUAAAUACAUGGAUCGCCUUUUUUUUUUCAAUUUUAGCAUCAUUUACCCAUGCAGCACAUGUUUCUGUACCUGGAAAAAGAUUAUUUACAAGCACACUGAUCUGCUCUGGUGUUUUAUUCCCGCACUGAGGCCUCCUGGCUGCUGUUGGAGAUGCUGCAGGGAGACUGAUGCAUGUUUUUCCUGCUUCCUGUUGUUGUUUUGUGCAAGCUCCUGAAUGCUCUGUUGAAGCAGGACAUCUGUGAACAGACAGUGAGACGUAGAGUUCCCGUCACUGUUUGCGAGUGCCUCCGCUCUCCUCCACCUCUUCUGCAAAAAACCACAAAUGUUAAGGUGUUUUCUAUUGAAUGCAGUAACUUAUGGGCCAGUACUAUAUUUACUCAGUGCAAUGCAGUUAUCAUUAUAAUAAUACAAUUAUUAAUAAUAUUUGUUUUUCUUUUUUUUUUUGUAUUUGUACAGAACAAAUGUGUAAAGAUCAGUGAGGAAAACGUGAGAUUUUUGAUACUGUGACUCAUAGUGUUUCAAAGUCAGUUUCUCCCUGUACAGUUGUGAUUAUUCCCCCUUCUUCUUUUAUAGAAUAAAAAAUGUUUUUGGUGCAAUUUAA